UUCAAUAUUGUAUAUAGGAAGUACUGUAGUUAAUGUUGAAAGAGUAAUACAUAAUUAUAAGUUUAUUCAUUCAUUAAUUUGGUUUUUGGUUACCAUUACCAUGCACAUAUUUACAUAAAGAAACAAAUAAAUGGCAAAAGUAGAAUUUAAUUAAAAAACGAUAGUGGAAGGAGGAAGAAUUAAAACAACAGAAACGUUUUUGAAACCGAAAUAAUUUUAUAGGUGGUGUUGGAAACAUACUAACAAUAUUAUUUAUGUUUUAAGAUCCUUUUACUGAAUACUAUAAUAUACAGUAGUAUAAAAUGAAAGCAGUUUUACUAUAUGUAUAAAAUAGAAUUGUAUUAUAUAAUAAAACAGCUUCCAUUUGAUUAAUGUAUCACUGAAAAUGCAAACAAAUGAAAUUACAUUAAGGAGUAUAAUAACAAAUAAUAAAAAGUAGUUAAUGUGGGUAAAAAGAGGUAAAUGCAAGUAACAAAUAUAAACUGAUAUAUUUAUUAAUUUAGGGUAAAGGUUUGGUUUUGGUCACUCGUGUUUAAGUAGCCUUUCCAUCAACUGUUUGAUUGGUUGUGUCCACUGUUCUGCUGUGUCACAAAGAGAAAUGAUGUGAGUUUGGUCACUGAUAAACUAAUGCGGUAUAUGGAGGAAUUAGUUGAAUGGAAUCUGUAGGGAGCAUCAGACCCCCAGCUAGCAUGCAGCACUGUAUGGGUGGAGCACAGUAACCGAUCCCUCAUCUCUGAUUAGUGGAGAUGGUGAAGAUCCAUUCAGAUCUUAAGAGCGAAGCACAGGCCUCAGUGGACUGGCUAGUAAUCUGUGUGUCCUCACUGCCAUUGGGAAUAAGCUCACCGAAAGCAGGGCUUAAGCUCAGGGGUUUUAAGAGCAAACAACCUGCUUUUUACUGUGCUAACCUGACAGCCAUAGACCGCCGGCAACAUGAGAGCGCUCCAUUUCUUCAUGCUGCUGGGCCUGGGCCUCAUCCUCCUCGCCGCUCACAGCGAGGCACUGAAGUGUUACACCUGCAUGGGCUCGACUGAUGAAGACUGUAAUCGCCAAGGAUCUAAAACAUGUCCGAGCUACUCAGAUGCAUGUGCUAUUGUCCGUGGACAUGGCAAUGGCGUAAUGAAGUCGUGUUCGUACAAAUCCUUCUGCAGCCAGGCUAACAGCCAGGGCUACAGAGCUCCAGGGGUCAAAGUUCACUGCUGCUACUCUGAUGACUGCAAUGUGACAGGACACGCCACCAGAAUCAGCACAGGCUUCAGCUUCCUCCUGAGCCUUCUGUUAUUCAUCUGGCAUCUGCUAUCAGACUAAUGCUACUCUAGACAAACUGACCUGGCUAUUAAAGACCAUUACCAUUAUGGAACUCUUUAUACUCUGUGAUUGUUAACAUGCAUACUGAUAAUAUACCACACUGCAAAUGUCAGCAAGUGUACUGCCAUGGGAUUGUGCAUGCAAUGCGUUUUAGGUUAAUAGAGCACACACACAUACAGAACUUCACAUACACAGAUUUUGUCACAUUUCUACUCUGCAUAAAGCAAAUGUAUUUAUUGCUCCGACUUUCUAGGAAUUCAAAAAGCCAAACGCCUUUUUAUUCUGUAGGCUAUAUUAAUCUAUAUGAACUCUAUUAUAGGGAUGGUUGACUUAAAAAUGAAACCCCUGUCAUCAUUUACUCACCCUCAUGUCAUUCCAAAGCAGAAAUAUUUAUGAAGGUUUUUAUUUUUUAAACAUAGUUCAACUAUUUAUUUUUAUUUUUUUGUACUGCAAGCAAAAGAACAGCUGGAACAUUUUACUAGAUAACUCCAAUUGUGUACCUGAGUAAAUAAUGACAUAUUUUCUUUUUGGGUGAAUUAUCUAUUUAAAAGCCGUUUUGUUGUAAGGAACAAAGGGUUUGGUAUAAUGAAGAAAGAGAUGUUUUAAGAUGAGACUCAAAUAUGUUGUAAAUGAAUGUUUAGUUUAAUUUUCUUGUCUCUCUAUACAUGGAAAUAAAUAUGAAGACAACACUCUCUGGCUUGUUUGGCUUUUGUGCUUGAUUGUAAAUAAACAGUGCUUAUUCCUCAUGGUUCAGUCGGUGUUUUCAUUCAUUCAUUCAAAUAUAUAUUUAGGAUUUAGUCAGGAAACAGUGAGCAUGACAAUUCAUCAGUGUA